UUUGUGUAAUCUUUUGGAAUUGGUUUCUCAUUCAACAAAAUUAUCUGAAGAGUGUGGUUUCUCAUUCAACAUAAUUAUCUAAAGAGUGAUUCAGAUUAUUGCAUGUAUUUGUUCCAUAUUGUUUAUUGCUAAGUAAUAUUCCAUGGUAGCAUAUACCAUAGUUUGUUUAAUCACCCACUUAUUGAAGAACAUCUGGGUUAUUUCUAAUUUGGGACUGCUAAAAAUAAAGCUUAUGUCAGUACUGACGUAGAGGUUUGUAUGUGGGUGUAAGUUUUCAUUUCCCUGGGAUAAGUGUCCAGGGGUAAUCGCACGCCUGUUUAAUUUUAUAAGAAACUGCCAACUGUUUUCCAGAGCAGCUAUACUAUUUUACAUAUUCCCACAAACAAGAUAAGAAUUAUUGGCGCAGUUCGAUCCAUUGUGGCCAUCUUGGGAGUGAACCAGCAGAUGGAAGACCUGUCUGUCUGUCUGUCUGUCUCUCUCUCUCUAACUCUGUCUUUCAAAUAAAUCUUUAAAAAAUAAAAAAGAUAAGAAUUAUCUAAUUUAUCUGUUACCAUAAGCGUAUGGUAGUGUCAUGAUUUUUUAGUCAUUCUGAUAGGUGUGUGGUAAUAUCUGAUUGUAGUUUUGAUUAGCAUAUCCGUAGUGGCUAAUGAUUUUGAACAUAUUUUCUUCCUUGUGGGUUGGGGUGGGGCGGAGCUUGAAGCUUUAUUAUUUAUCUGAAAAGCAGAAUGGCCUAAAGGGAAAUAGCGAUCUUCCCAUCUGCUGAUUCACUCUAAAUGACAGCCAGGACUGGGCCAGAUUGAAGCUAGGAGCCAGGAACUCCAUUAGGAUCUCCCACAUGGGCUGCAGGGCCUCAAGUACUUGAACCAUCACCUGCUUCUCCGCACAUUAGCGGAGAAAUGAAUUGGAAGUAGAAACCAGCACUCAGGUUUGGGAUGCAGGCAUCCCAGGUAGCAGCUUAACCUGCUGUGCCACAACACCUACUCCAAUUUUAAACAUAUUUCCAUGUGCUUAUUUAUCACCUAUAGACCCUCUUUGAUGAAAUGUUUCUUGCCCAUUUUCCAAUUGAAUUGUUUAUUAGUUUCCUAGGACUGCUGUAACAAAGUACCAUAAAAUUGGUAGCUUAAAACAACAGAAAAUUUGUCUCAGUUCUGGGGUUCUGAAGUCUGAAAUUAAGAUGUUUGCAGAACGGGUUCCUGAGUGCUCUGUGUGAGGAUCUAACGCCUCUCUCCUAGCUCCUGGUGGCUACCAGUGAUCUUUGAUGUUCCUCAGCUUGUCGCUGCAGCACUUUGCUUCUGCCAUCACAUAUCUGUCUGUCUCUUCUCUCCUAGUAAGGACACCAAAUCAUGCUGGAUUAAGGUCUGCCUUACUCUGUGACUUUUAACUUGUUGAUUAUACCGUAACUAAUUACAUAUGCAACAACUCUAUUUCUGAAUAAAGUUAAAUUUUGAGAUACUGGGGAUGGUGACUUCGCUGUAUCUUUCAGGACAUGAUUCAAUCCAUAUUUUAUUGUUUUUAUUGUUGCAUUUUGAGUUUAGAUAUUAGUCUUUUUUUCCAGGAAUGUGGUAUACAAUUAUGUUCUCUCAGUUUGUAGCUUAACAGAGUCAUUCAUAAGGCAAAGAUGUUUUUUCAUUGCUUUUGGCAUCAAGUCUGGAAUCCUUUGCUUAACCCUAGAUCCUGAGUAAUUUUUUCUGUGCUUUACCCAACCAUAUUGCAGUUCUGCAUUUCAUAUUUAAGUCCAUGAUUCAUUUUGAGGUGUGUGUGUAUGUGUGUGAAAAUCAAGGUUCAUUUUUUUAUCAAUGGGCGUCCAAUUGCAAUUGCUCAAGCAAAAAUUAUUGAAAAUACUUUCCUUUCUCUAUUGAAUUGAUUUUGCAUAUUUAUCAAAAGUCAUGUAGAUGUUAUUUGUGUACAUUUGUUUUUGGGUUCUCUAUUCUGUUUCACUGACCUAUGUGUCAAUCAUUUUACUAAUUCCACACAGCCUUGUGUGUGUGUGUGUGUGUGUGUGUGUGUUUUAAUUUAUUUUAGGCCGGCGCCACAGCUCACUAGGCUAAUCUUCCACCUGCAGUGCCGGCACCCCAGGUUCUAGUCCCGGUUGGAGCGCCAGAUUCUGUCCCGGUUGCUCCUCUUCCAGUCCAGCUCUCUGCUGUGGUCCAGGAAAGCAGUGGUGGAUGGCCCAAGUGCUUGGGUCCUGUACCCACAUGGGAGACCAGGAGGAAGCACCUGGCUCCUGGCUUCGGAUAGGCGCAGCACGCUGGCCGUAGCACGCCAACCAUAGCGGCCACUUGGGGAGUAAACCAAUGAAAGGAAGACCUUUCUCUCUCUCUCUCUCUCUCUCUCUCUCUCUAACUCUGCCUGUCAAAAAAAAAAAAUUUAUUUAUCUGAAAGAGUUACAGAGAGAAGUAGGGACAGAGGGAUUUUCCAUCCGCUGGUUCACUCCCUAGAUAGCUGCAAUGGCUGGAGCUGCGCAGAUCCUAAGCCAGGAGCAAAGAGCUUCUUCCUGGUCCUCAAGCAGGUGCAGGAACCCAAGGACUUGGGCCAUCUUCUACUGCUCUCCUUGGCCAUAGUAGAGAGCUGGAUCGGAAGAGGAGCAGCUGGGACUAGAACCAGCACCCGUAUGGGAUGCCGGUGCCUUAGGCCAGGGCUUUAACCCCCUGCGCCACAGCGCCGGCCCCUCCACGCAGUCUGAUUCAUGUAGCUAUGAUAAGUUCUUAAAUUAGACUAAUCCCUUUCCUUUUUUCUUCUUUUUUCAAACUUGUUUAAGCUGAUUUAGUUCCUUGCCUUUCUUUCAUCUAAAUUUUGUAAACUUACCUUUAUCUCCAAAACAGUCUUGCUGGAUGCUAUGGCUUGAAUGUAGUUUGUCCCCCAAAGGUUCAUGCUCGAGACUUGGUUGUCAGUGUGGUGUGUUGAAGUGGUGGGACCUUUAAGAGGUGGGAUUUAGUACAAGUUAAUUAGGUCCUUGGGAGCACUACUCUUGGAAGGCUCACAAGAAUGGGUUGUAAUAAAGCAAGACCACUGUUUUGCAUCUGGCUGGUUUCCUUUCCUUUUCUCUGCCAUAUUGUGAUGAGCUUAGGGGGCCCUCACCAGAAGCUGAAUAGAUUCGCCCACUCAAUCUUAGACUUUCAGCCUCCCAAAUGAAUUAAAUAAACCUUUUUCCUUAUAAACUACCCAUUCUCAGGAAUUUUGUGAUAGCAACAGAAAACAACUAAUACAGUAGGCUUUGGAUAAGAAUUAUAGUAGCUUUCAGCUUCUAAGUCUUGUAUAUAUCUUGUUAGACUUACUCUUUUGCAAUUUUUUGAAUAAUUAUAAAUGUCAUUAAAUUAUUCAACAUUCAGGUGUUCAUUACUACUUUGUAGAAAUAAAAUUGAUUUUAUGUUUACCUUUUGAAUUGCAACCUUGCUAAACUCACUUAUUCUAGAAAUAUUUUUGUAGAUUCUUUGCUAUAGACAAUGCUAUAGCAGAUAGGAGUGAUUUAAUUUCUUCUUUUCUGAUAUUUAUGCAUUUUAUUCCCUUUAUAACCCUAUUGCACUGGCUAGAACUUCCAGCAUUAUGUUGAGUGGGAUUGAUGAGAGUAGAUACCCUGCCUUGUUCCUGGUCUUAGGGAAUUCAUCCAUGAGCUCGGAUUUCCCACAUUACAACUUCAGAAUGCCUAAUAUUGGAUUCCAGAAUCUGCCUCUCAACAUAUAUAUUGUGGUUUUUGGCACUGCUAUAUUUGUCUUCAUCCUUAGUUUACUCUUCUGUUGCUACUUGAUUAGGCUAAGACAUCAAGCACACAAAGAAUUUUAUGCCUAUAAACAGGUUAUAUUAAAAGAGAAAGUAAAAGAGUUGAAUUUACAUGAGCUGUGCGCAGUGUGUCUAGAAGACUUCAGGCCUCGAGAUGAGUUGGGAAUCUGUCCAUGUAAGCAUGCCUUCCACAGAAAGUGCCUUAUUAAGUGGCUGGAGGUUCGGAAAGUGUGUCCCCUGUGCAACAUGCCAGUUCUGCAGUUGGCCCAGUUGCACAGUAAGCAGGACCGUGGCCCCCCACAGGGUCCCCUUCCUGGGGCAGAGAACAUUGUAUAGCUCGCCGUAGGAUCAGACUGUUGGGAUGCGACGUCUGCGUACAGCCAGGAGGAACGCGGGCGGGCUCUGUCUUGGUCGCUCUUACCUGAGGCACCAGCUGCCACUUCCUUUGCCUCAUGAAGAACUCUUGGGCCAGCCAAGCUGGGGACCCAGGCAUCUGGGCCUGUGACAACCAAAGCACUCUGGUAACUACCCCACGCCAAGAGAAGAGGAGUGGAUGAGCCUGCAGGUUUGGUUCAAGAAACUUCAUGAGGGUCUCUCGCUAACUCUGUUAUAGUCUCCCAGAUACUCAUCUCCUUGUCAAGAUGAAGCUUUAUCAAAAAGGGAAGAUAAACACAGUAUUAGAGAAGGGAACUGAGGGGAGGGCUUUAAAGCCACACGCCCACCCAUGGAGGAUGAGCUUCUGAGUGGACCGUGCAUGCCUGCCCAGCACUGAGUCCCCCUGCCAGUCUGGGCCAAGUAAAAAGCAGGGGCCAUGGUGAGCCAAAGUACAGCCGGCUGCCGGUUGGCAGUGGGGCAGUGCCGGUGGCCUCUUCGUGUUCUGUUCCUUUGAUAAGGCCAUCUUGGAACCCAAGGGCUUUGGGUACAAUAGAGCAGCACAGCCCCUCACCACCCUGUUCCCUUCACUUCACAACACUUGCUAUCAAAUCACCUAAGCUAUAUCCAUUAAAUGCACUUGGAAAGGCCUGGUCAGAAGCCAUUUCCUCUUCUCCCCGACUACCCACUUCCGUUCACUAGGGAAGUCCAGCUGGGGCUGAGCUCUCAGCCCACACGAUCCCUGCACAACCCAGGGGAUCCCAGCCAGGGUGCUGCCCACAUCCCCACAUGCACAGCAUGGUUCCAGCACAGUUGCUGGCUUCCUUGGGAGGAGGAUGCUGGGGGCCCAUCCAAGGCUCUGGAGUGGCCUAAGAAUGGCUGGUCCCCGUGGCCCAGCUGGAUACGGAUGCUGACUCUGUUGCCUCCCCUUCCUUUCUCUUCCCCUGUUGCACUGUCUCUGCCUGUUGACUUUUUAACAAGUUAUCCCAAAUAAGAUUCCCGUGUAAUUCUGAAGCUGGAAAUCCACCUGAAAUUGUAAAUAGUUUUAGGAAGCUCCCGCAGGGCUCUCCACCUAUUGGCGUGUGCCUCCAUUUUUGGACUUGUGAUCACUCACUGAAAGUGUCUUUAUAGGAAAGAAAUGCAUGCUGCUCUUUGCCUCUUGCUGUCCAACUUUUCUAGAAGUGACUGAGUCCAUUAGGAUUUGUGAAUACUGUAAAAUUUAGCUAUGUAAGCAGAAGUGGGUCAAAUAGAACAUUCUUUCCCACAGCCCUGCUCCACACCUCCCUCAUCACAGGAGUUCACCAACUGCUUUGUUCCACUCUACCCCACAGGUGGAAGUGGGGGAAGUGUUUCAUUGGAAUAUACUCUGUGUGAUAUGGACAGGGUGGAGAGAGCUUUGCUACUCUGCUUAUGGCAUGCCUCCAGGAAUAUUUUCUGGAAUUUAACCUCUACCAUCUAAGAAUGGGAAGGGGAACCUGUCCUUGGCUCUGGUGGCUGGGGUCAGAUGAGGAGGAAAAUUCCUAUUAGCCUAGAAAAGUGCUGGGCAGAAUCCAGCUUGGAAAAUUACAAAUCUAGUUGGGCAGAACUGGCUGUUUCCCAUGUGUGACCUACCUGUAGUCUGCCAGCUGGACUGCUUCCUGAACAGGGCAAGGGGAGUGUGGAAUAUUUUUAUAUGAACGCCUUAGCCGGUUUGGCACCAUAAGAAGAACUCUUUGUACACUGCUACUUUCACCUUCUUUUCGCGUUCUCUAUUUAUAGCAGCUAGAGCUGAAUGCUGCGAAGCACCCAGUUUACAGUGACACGUUUUCAGUGACAGUGCCAACAGUGGGCUUGCUUCUGCACUGGGCAGCACCCACCACUUUCCACGAAGUGGUCUUGGGACAGAUGCCGCCUCUUCGCUGUAGGGCUCCAAUAGGAGAUUUUCCUUCCCUGCAGGGGAGGAAUUCUGUAUGACCUACACUGCAGAUUGCUGUGGCUCACAGCUUUUGUGGAAUUCUAGCGUUUCAGUUGCCACCACCUUUGUGUCCCCAUGCCUCCGUGCCAAGGAGACAGCCUCACCGUGACCCUGUUUCUCUAGAGGUCAAUCAAUUCUCUGUGUUCGUGCCCCAGACCAGAGGCCGAGUGUGUGUAGUCAGGUCCAUACGAGGAAAGCGCAGGAACACCGGCGUCUGCUCUGCCCAAACUGAGCCACCAUUAACCUCACCUUCUUGGCCCUUGUGAAUGGGGCGUGCUUUCUGCAGUGCACUGCUGCCAGGGUUGGCUGGAAGCUGGAGACAUCAGUGUCUAUUCUGCUUUUAGUCAUCUCCCCUUUCUUGGGACCAGGCCCAGGUUUACCGCCUGUGUUUGCUCUCUGCAGCUGGGGCCUCCAACCAUAACCCUUCCCCGCCCCCACCCCACCCCCAAGCCUCUGUGCUACAAAUGGCAGCAGGCCUUUUCAUAUGUCUUCCUUUGAUUCUGCUUACAAUUCGUAUUUUGUUUAAAAGACAAUCCAUCCAGUUUCUUCAAGAAUGAGGGAUCCCUUUAUACCCUGUUGGCUUGGGCCUAACUCCCACAAUGAGGCAUGAGUUAUCGGUGACCUGUGUGAAUGUGUAGGUAUGUGGGGACUGGGCUGCUCCGGGACCACUGGCUGCUGUAGUCUUAUUGUCUUUUUUUUUUUUUUUUUGGACAGGCACAGUGGACAGUGAGAGAGACAGAGAGAAAGGUCUUCCUUUGCUGUUGGUUCACCCUCCAAUGGCCGCUGCGGCCAGCGCACUGCAGCUGGCACACCACGCUGAUCCGAAGCCAGGAGCCAGGUACUUAUCCUGGUCUCCCAUGGGGUGCAGGGCCCAAGGACUUGGGCCAUCCUCCACUGCACUCCCUGGCCACAGCAGAGAGCUGGCCUGGAAGAGGGGCAACCGGGACAGAAUCCGGCGCCCCGACCAGGCCUAGAACCCGGUGUGCUGGCACCGCAAGGCGGAGGAUUAGCCUAGUGAGCCGCAGCACCGGCCUUAUUGUGUGUUCUUAACAGCUAUUUGUGUGCUGCUGGUUAGUGGAGCAGAACUCAGGCCCCACUGGAGCCCAUGAGCAUCUUGACUCAUCAGGGAGUUGUUGCUAAGGGGACAUCUGAGUUCAGGUGACUUACUAGAAACAGGGAACAAAACCAGCCUGACCCGAUUCUUGGAUGAACACAAGACACUAUAAGUUGACAUCUGCUUUUCUUUGCGAAGUGUGAUAUGCGCCGGCACUUGGCAGGAAAGAUCCUUGUAGCCACCUCGAAAGGAAGCAGACAGAAACAGCCAAAAGGAGGCAGGUGGGCCCACCACCACUGCCAGACACCAUGUUCUUGAUAGACUUGACAAGUACAACUGCUUGUCUCCAGGGCCAGGCCCCUCAGAUCCAUCAGAGGAAUGGCCGGGGCCUCAUUCCUCUCCACAGCCUCACGCUGAGCUGCUCUAGCCAGCUCCUUUAUCAGAGGCCUUCAGUGAAUUAGGAAACACACGUUUUGUGGUGUCCCCAGAGCCUGGGCAGACCAGGGAUGUCAUCUUCUUGCCCCUCACUGCUCAGCUUCCUUGUCCACCAUGCAGGGCUUGAAAAAAAAGGGGCUCUCGUGAGGAUCAGCCUGUGGCCAGAGCCUGGUAUGUGGCAGGCCUGGGGUCAUGAGAGUCGGUGGCGGCAUCAUCCAGGUCACCCAGUAGACACAGAGCCCUCCAAUCUUCCUUGACCGCCUGUCUAUACCAUGGCACACCUGACUUAACUGCUCAUUUGACUCUGAAUAGCUAACCUGGCAUAGGGUUCACAAAUCACCAUCAGGCUCCCUUACCCCAGCGCCCCACCUGUUGAGCACCCACCAGUAGCGUGCUCCUCGUUAGUGCAUAGUCAAGGACCUCUCCUGUUCGUGUGGGAGAGGCAUGCUACAAGUCAGGUUUUCUAAGAGGCAAGCCCAGAAUUGAGGUAUUUUUGCAGUCACAUUCCACUUGAAUAAGGCAUUUGUGCUUGAUUGCAACAUUCUACCCAAGUCAGAAGCUGCAGUCUCUGCCCCACCUCAGAGACCCAGCUAAUCAGAGCGCAGCCCCCCAAUUUCCCCCACAAGAUAGUGGACUCCCGCCUGGAUGUGCUGCCACCCUUCCUCUCUGGGCCCGGAGUCCAGCACUAAUGACUGGCUCCAGUUUCUGAUGCAGGAGUUUGGGCAGCAGCAACUGCAGGCUUCCAUUUUGUGGGACACAGACGGUGAAUCUCCUGGUUAACCAGAUACAGGCCCAGGGGCUCAUCUGCCAAGUUCCUGGCUUUCCUCGUAUCCCCCCUAUAAGCACACACAAAAGGGAAAUGCUUCCUACACAAUCUUCUCGCAGCCCCUUUUGUUCUAUGUGACACCAGGAAUUAGGCCACCAGCAAUCUUUUAGGAAGUAUUUUCAAUUUCAUUUUGCCUCCCCAGGGAUAAAUGUUAAGCUGCUUCCUCCAGGUGGCCUUGGGGAGAAGGGUCCUGGACUCCUCCCUGGCUGUCUGGCAAGCUCCACCUGCUUGCCUCCUUUGGUACACCUCCUGCCCAGGUCUUGAGUGCAGCUGGGCCCCUAACCUGAAACUGAGGACAGUGUGCAAAAUCCUGCUGGAACCUCUGGUCCAGGGUUAAUGUCUUGCAGAGGUCAUGGUCGUGGCUAGACUGACAUUUGCAGUAGUAACUGGGAAAUGCUGGUUAACAGUUCUUUACUAAGAUUAACAAAGGAGCCCACAUACUGUGGACUGGGCUUCCAUUCGAAUGGGACAGGAAAAAAUUGUUCAGACCGGCUUCAGAAUUCAACUUGGUUUCACCCCACUUCUAGCCCAGGAACCAGUGGCAUCCUUGGUUGCCCAGCUCUGUGGUUGUGGCAUCAGGGAGAACCCCCUGGUGAUGCCAGGUGCGUGAGCCCACCAGUGGCAGGGGAAGUUUUUGCACUUAAAGUUCUUCCUGGUCCCUGUGUCAGCUGGCAUGUCUGAACUUGAGGCCCACUGCACACUCUUGGCCCAUCCCUUCCAGGGCUGGCCAGUGUCAGGAGCGCAGGCCCUCAGCAAGGGGGACUUGCUGAGUGUGCUCCUGGUAGCACUUCCUCAGUGAGUCAUUGCCAGAACCGGGGACACUUAGUCCUGUAGCCUGGCCCUUUGGGGUUUAUUCACUAGAUGUGUAACUCCCUCAAAAAAAGGUUUAUGAAAUGCUGAGCCUCAGGUUUCAUAGACGUGUUUGUACACUAUGAAUUCUGCAGCAGAAUAUUUUUAAACAUUCGCAGUUUUUUGUAAGCUAUAUUUUUGUAUAUUUAAUUGCUAUUUUAAAAUUUUAAUGCAUUUUUUGCUAAUCACUCGUUUAAAAAGACAUGCAUGUAAUUGACAAACAGGUGUAAAUAAAAUGCAGAUUUUGAAGAUA